AUGAAAAGACUUUGCUUUUUUUUUCUUCACUUUCUUUUGCUUCUUUUUCACUUCUACUUGUUUACAUUUUUUCUGUUUUUUUCUUUACUAACCUGUUCAUCUUCCUUCUUUUUUUCCACCAUUUUUUUUCUCCACAUCUACUCCUAUUUUCCUCUUUUUAUUCACCUCCUUAUUCUUUCUAUCUCUUUAUCUCUUUUCUGUUUUCUUUUUCUCAUUCAGUCUUUUUAUCUCUUCCUCUUUUUGCCUCCUUUUUCCCUUUUCUUUCUCACACUCUUUUUUCUUCUCAUUACUUCUUCACUCUUUCUUCAUAAUUUUCCACCUCCAACUUUCUCUCUUUCUUUUUCUCUUUCUCAAUUGGCUGCCAUUUCCCAUUUGUGCUCAACUUACAACAAACUGCAAAAUUUUUCCAACACCCAUCUCCCCAAAAAUUUCCAAAUUCCAAUUGAUUCUCCUCUUACCAUCUCACUUACUGCCUCUCUUUAUCUCCAUUUAUCAUUUUCUCAUGCAAUUCUAUUUCUUUUUCUCUCUUUUAAUUCUUUGUCAUUCUUUCGAUUCUCUUCCUCUUUAUUCCUCUGUCUCUUCCACCAUUUCCUCUUUCUUUCCUUCUGUAUCUUUCUUUUCCCACCUUGUAUUUGUCUCUUUUUCACUCUUCUUCUCUCUCUUCCUACAACUGUAUCAAGUUCUUGUUUGUUUCUUUUUUUAAUAUUUUCUUUUUCUCUUUUUUUCUGUUGCUCUUCUUUUUUAUUUCUCCUUUCUUAG